UGCCUCCCAGGGCGCCCUGGGCACGUGACCCGGCGCGAGUCACCUGACGCGCAAGGGUUUGAAGCGGCGCCGCGAGGGAGCGAGACCGCAGUGACAGCGGCGGGCGCUGGUGCCCUGGCUGCUCCGCCGCGCCCGCCGGCGUCCGGCGCUCCCCGCCCCGGGAUGGCAGCCCCCGGGGGCUGGGGUGGCUCAGAGACCGAGCACCUCCUGACCGCCAGCCCCGGGUAUGGGACCCAGGCGGGGGCGUCGCCGGCCCCUCCAGCCCCUCUGGAGGAAGAAGACCUCCGCCGCCGUCUCAAGUACUUCUUUAUGAGUCCCUGUGACAAGUUUCGGGCCAAGGGCCGCAAGCCCUUUAAGCUGAUGCUGCAAGUGGUUAAGAUCUUGGUAGUCACUGUACAGCUCAUCCUUUUCGGGCUCAGCAACCAGCUGGCAGUGACAUUCCGCGAGGAGAACACCAUUGCCUUCCGCCACCUCUUCCUCCUGGGCUACUCUGAUGGGGCAGACGACACCUUCGCCGCCUAUACGCGGGAGCAGCUCUACCAGGCUAUCUUCUAUGCUGUGGACCAGUACCUGAUGCUCCCUAAUGUGUCGCUGGGCCACUACGCAUAUGUACGGGGCGGGGGCAGCCCCUGGGCCAAUGGCUCAGCCCUGGCCCUCUGCCAGCGGUACUACAACCGCGGCCACGUGGACCCAGCCAAUGACACCUUUGACAUCGACCCAAGGGUUGUCACUGAUUGCAUCCGGGUGGACCCUCCUGAGAGACCCUUUGUGCCCCCCAGUGAUGACUUCUCUCUCUUGGACGGCAGCGCCAGUUACAAGAACCUCACGCUCAAAUUCCACAAGCUGAUCAACGUCACCAUCCACUUCCAGCUGAAGACCAUCAACCUUCAAAGCCUGAUCAACAAUGAGAUCCCCGACUGCUACACCUUCAGCAUCCUGAUCACGUUUGACAAUAAGGCAUUCAGCGGGCGUGUCCCCAUCAGCCUGGAGACCCAGGUCCACAUCCAGGAGUGUAAGCACCCCAGUGUCUUCAGGCAUGGAGACAACAGCUUCCGGCUCCUGUUUGACGUGGUAGUGAUCCUCACCUGCUCCUUCUCCUUCCUGCUGUGUGCCCGCUCCCUGCUCCGUGGCUUCCUGCUGCAGAAUGAGUUUGUGGGGUUCAUGUGGCGGCAGCGGGGACGGGCCAUCAGCCUGUGGGAGCGGCUGGAAUUUGUUAACGGCUGGUACAUCCUGCUGGUCACCAGCGAUGUGCUCACCAUCUCGGGCACCAUCAUGAAGAUCGGCAUUGAAGCUAAGAACCUGGCCAGCUACGAUGUCUGCAGCAUCCUCCUGGGCACCUCGACGCUGCUCGUCUGGGUCGGCGUCAUCCGCUACCUGACCUUCUUCCACAAGUACAAUAUCCUCAUCGCCACGCUGCGGGUGGCCCUGCCCAGCGUCAUGCGCUUCUGCUGCUGUGUGGCUGUCAUCUACCUGGGCUACUGCUUCUGCGGCUGGAUCGUGUUGGGGCCCUACCACGUGAAGUUCCGCUCGCUGUCCAUGGUGUCGGAGUGCCUGUUCUCGCUCAUCAAUGGGGACGACAUGUUUGUGACGUUUGCGGCGAUGCAGACGCAGCAGGGCCGCAGCAGCCUUGUCUGGCUCUUCUCCCAGAUCUACCUUUACUCCUUCAUCAGCCUCUUCAUCUACAUGGUGUUGAGCCUCUUCAUCGCGCUCAUCACCGGCGCCUAUGACGCCAUCAAGCACCCGGGCAGCACGGGCGUGGAGCCCAGCGAGCUGCAGGCCUACAUCGCGCAGUGCCAGGACAGCCCCACCUCCGGCAAGUUCCGCCGCGGGAGCGGCUCGGCCUGCAGCCUGUGCUGCUGCGGCCGGAGCAGGAGCAGGGACGCCUCGGAGGAGCGACCGCUGCUGGUGAACUGACCCGGACCCGGGACCGCGGACCGCGGAGAGCCGGGCUGGCCGUUUUUAGGGGUGACUUAGGACUGGCUCUCGCACCCUGUGCAGGCGUGGGCCACUGGGUCGGACCAGCGUAGGGUGGAUGUUAAAUAAAAAGGGAAAAUACA